AUGAGUGAUCAUCGUGCUGGCAGGAGUAUUUUCAAGAGGGCUCUGGACCCCAGUGGCCCUCAACCAGGUGCGUUCCCUCAGGCUGGAGCGCAGGUACCAGUAGCCAGUGUUGAGGCCCUACAAGAAGCUACUCCCGCUCAACCUAAUGACAAUACCGGUACUACUACUAAUAAUAAUAACAAUGAGACGGAAGGGUGGUGGAAACAUGUGCCACUUCUGCGGAGAAUGGAUCGACAGGAUGUAUACUGUGGCUCUUUGAUCUUUUGUCUCGUAGUUGUUUCCUCCGUGACAAUUCUUGCGGUGGUCUUGAGCCUGAGCAAAAAGGACGAGGAUACACAGCCUACAAGUUUGACAACGGAGUCCCCAUCGCAAGCACCGUCGAAUGCUCCAACCAUGCAGCCCACAACUGUCUUGGAGGGAUUUGUCCUUUCCCUCCUUCCAUCUUCCACCGUUCAGACCAUCCAAAGUGAUGAUUCCAACGACGCACCUCAAUCCAAAGCAUUUGAUUUUGUCCUGGAAGACCCGUCCCUUUUGACUUUUCCUCAUUGGCGCGUCUUGCAGAGGUUUGCCUUGGCAACUUUUUAUCAUGCUACAGGCGGUGACAGCUGGAAAAAUAAUAGUGGAUGGUUGCAGUACGAAGUGGAUGAGUGUCAGUGGUUUCAUCAUCAGGGUCAUGGAAACGCCACCACUGCAAUCAACCCCUGUCCUCAAAUAAUGAACCGACGCAACCAUAACAACGAAUCGGAUGACGGAGGAGCAAUUGAGCACUUGAUCCUCCGAGACAAAAACUUACGUGGUGGCUUGCCUCCAGAGAUAUUUUUGUUGACAUCUUUGAAGAGCAUUGACCUGGACAUGAAUUCGAUUGAUGAUGCAGACGAAAGACUAUUACCAAGUGAGAUUGGUUUGUGUACAGAUUUGGAGUCUGUGUCUCUAGUUCACCUCAAUCUUCAAUCACUACCCACUGAAAUACAGCAUUUGAGCUUGUUGCGAGAUCUGAAUCUGAGUGACAACAAUUAUCAAUCUUCGUUUCCAUUUGAGCGCCUCAGUGCUGGCAGCAUGACAUCGCUUGAUUUGUCUCAAAACAGGCUGGAUCAGGCGAUUCCUUCGUCUCUCUGGCAAUUGACAGCUUUGAAAAGUCUUGCCAUGCACUACAAUCAAAUGACAGGACCCCUGCCCACUGAGAUUGGAUUGAUGGCUGGACUGGAAACGCUUUCCCUGAAUGACAACCAGAUCUCUUCGACAAUUCCAAUUGAACUUGCACAGCUGGUGUCCUCUGGGAAUCUGACAUCAUUGCAAUUGGAGAAUAACCUUCUGUCUGGCAUGGUUCCGGAGACUCUCUGUCCCAUCUUGUCCGAAGAAUUUGUGGUUGACUGCUAUUCCAACGAAUUCCUCUGUGGCUGUGAUUGCAACUGCAGUGGCAUUGAGGACAUAAUCUUUCCUCGUCAGACUGUGGCAACUAUCCGGGAAGAUCCUGAUUCUCCACAAGCCCAUGCAUUUCGACAUGUCAAGGCAAACCCUUUACUUUCUACCUAUCCAACUUGGCGUGUUCUGCAGAGAUUUGCCUUGGCUACCUUGUAUCAUGCAACGAUGGGAGAUGGCUGGAGAAAUACCAAUGGGUGGCUGCAAUAUGAUGUUGAUGAGUGUCAGUGGUAUCAAGAAGACUCAGCUCCAUGCAAUGAACGUGAUAAUGGAGCAUAUCGAAACUUGUGGCUUCACGACAACAAACUCCGUGGCACGAUACCUCCAGAGUUGUUCUUACUGACAUCUUUGAAGAGCAUAAAGUUGGGAUUCGAAGAAGAUGGCAACAGGGCGCUACCACUUGAAAUUGAAAAGUGCACAGAUCUAGAGUCAGUUUCCUUGUCUGGCUUUGGGCUUUCUACCCUGCCAUCACAAGUUGCCGGACUGACGUCUAUCAGACAUUUGAGCAUGGAAAACAACAAUCUGGAGGUUGUGCCCAACAAUUUGCUUUCACUGGGAGGACACUUGACGUCCCUUGAUUUGUCCCAUAAUUUGAUUCAUGAGUUUUCAUCAACCCUGGGGAAGUUGAGUCACUUGGAAACUCUUUUCAUGUCAUCCAAUUCUCUGAGGGGAACAAUCCCAGGUCAUAUGGCAUCCCUGGUGACUGGUGGAAAUCUGACAAGUUUGCGACUGGAGAAGAAUGCUUUGACGGGUACUGUGCCAGAAGAACUCUGUCCGGCCCUUUCUCUUGACUGCAUUGGAAAUGGCAAUGGAUUCCUUUGCGGAUGCGACUGUGUGUGUACAGGAAUUGAGGCUUCUGCACUUCCCAGUGCCACCAUUCGACAAGUCAAUGAGUAUGGGACAGCACAAUCAGAGGCAUUGCGCUGGGUGAAGGAGGACCCUUCUCUCUCGUCUUAUCCACCGUGGCGUGUCCUACAGAGGUUUGCCUUAGCCACUGUUUACGUCAUGACAAACGGAAUACACUGGGAAAACAGGAGCAGAUGGCUGAGUAGCUCCAAUGAGUGCGAAUGGUAUCAAGAUCAUCCAAUUCCGUGUGAUGACCAAGGCAGGUUCCAACAUUUGAGUCUCCGCAACAACAAACUCAGAAGGCGCGUGCCCCGAGAACUGUUCUUGAUGUCAUCUUUGAGAAGCAUCCACAUGGACUUUGUUGGGUCUGCUGUUAACUUAGUGUUGCCUCCGGAAGUCGGGCUCUGCACCGGUUUGCAGUCGCUGUCAUUCUCUGGCCUUGAACUCGCAAGCAUAGCAGAGGAAAUCACACUUUUGUCUUCUCUCCGGCACUUGAGUUUGAAGGAAUGCCGUUUGAAUCGAAAUAAGAUCCGCCUGGUGAAUGAAUUGAAGACUUUGAAAUCCCUUGACCUGUCCCACAACCGGUUGGAGCAUUUUCCUUCUGCUAUUGAAGCAUUCACCAAUUUGGAGACUCUUGAUCUAUCACACAACCUGCUUGUUGGGAGUUUUCCACCCAACAUUUCCUUAUUGGCACAACGAGGGGUGUUGAGAACAUUGUAUUUGGAAAACAAUCAGUUGGCUGGCACCGUUCCGGCUGAGCUUUGUCCGUUAGGCCCUGGAAACUUAACUUUUGAUUGCAAUGGGUUGCUGUGUGGUUGUGACUGCAGCUGUGCGUAA